CCUCCCUAGGAACUGUCAGUAUACAGCAGGAACUAUCUGUGCUCUGCUAGUUUCUAGCCGUACACAUUUCUCUGCUGCACCACGGAUUUCUGCAUGCAAGGAACAAGGACCCUACAGUGGGUGUAUUUGGGAAUACUUCACACCCAUUUCAAACAGUCAUGGCCCUUUCCAUAUGGAGAUGCAUGCUGAACAGAUCAGCAGCAAAAUGGCAUCUUCACAGAUCCCUGUCUCUGUAUAACAGCAGCCAUGGUUUUAAUGAAGAAGAAAUUAAAACUAAACUAGCUCCAUUUACAGGAGGGUCAGUAACACUCGUUAAAAGAGAAAAUGGAAUUGCAGAACUGUGUAUUGAUAAUCCAGCUCGAAUGAAUGCAUUUACAGGAACAAUGAUGAUAGAUUUGGUGGAACGGGUUAGUGAACUGGAGAACUGGCAGGAAGGGAAAGGACUUAUUGUUUAUGGAGCAGAGAACACAUUCUGUUCUGGUUCAGACUUAAAUGCCGUUAAAGCUAUCACCAAUUCACAGGACGGGAUCAUGAUGUGUAUGUUAAUGCAGAACACCCUGACAAGACUGCUGAGAUUGCCACUCAUUAGUGUUGCACUAGUGCAAGGAAAAGCAUUGGGAGGAGGGGCUGAGUUAUGUACAGCAUGUGACUUCAGGUUGAUGACUGAAGACAGUGAAAUACGAUUUGUCCAUAAACAUAUGGGUUUGGUUCCAGGUUGGGGUGGAGCAACAAGAUUAAUUCAUCUUAUUGGAAGUAGACAUGCGCUGAAACUACUCAGCAGUGCUCUCCGUGUUCAUCCUAAAUAUGCAUUGAAUAUUGGUCUAGCUGAUGAGAUUUUAUCUUCUGGUGCCGAUGGACCAUUGGCAGAAGCCCAAAAAUGGAUAGCAUCCUACACAAAAGGAGCAGCUGAUGUGAACAGAGCUGUAAAAAAAGUAAUAGCUUCUGGAAGAGAGAAGUUAAUUGAAGAUUCUCUCAGGACAGAGAAAGAUAUUUUUGGAACUGUGUGGGGUGGGCCUGCCAAUAUGCAGGCAUUGUCAAAGGGAACCAAACACAAUUAAUGAAUAUUUUCUUAAAGACUAAGGUUAGCUUACAGGACACCUGAUUAACAAAAAAUUACAAUAUUUAAAAAUGAAUGUGAGAAGUAUGCAGUUUUCUAGCAUUGUCUCUCUGUACACUUAAUUGUGAUAAUUGAAACAAGUUAAUCAGGUUUAGCCUGUAAUAAUGUAUUAUUAUCUCUCUAAAGCAAAGCAUUCUUUUUUACAGUAAUCAUAUUUGUUAUGUUGAUGAUGGCUUAUAACUUAUCUACUAAUCAGGAAAAUGCUAUAAAGUGCUAAAUAGUAUAGCAUUGAUCUACUUAUUUGGUUGAUUAAAGAACAAUUUAGAAAUUGCACAAUGCUAUAGCAGCUCAUCAGAAGUCAGUAAUGUGACAAUUGAACCUAUAUUGGAAGUAAACUAAGACAAGCUACAGAAUAAGGCCAGUAUUUAUAUAAUGCACUAAAAGAGGCCUCGCUAUACUUAUGUUUGGCCACUUCUCCCUUAACCAAGGGCCACUAAAGUCAUCCAAAAAGUUAGAUAGUGGAUUACUAAACUCCACAUACUAAGAGCUACCCUGGCUCCCUAAAAUAUUUUAUGAAUGCACGGUAUGCCCUGGCCUAGUAGAGGCAUUCAUCUAAGUAUUCAGGCCCCAUUCACUUUUUUCAGUUUUGUUAUGUUGCAACCUGAUACUACAGUUGUUUAAAAAAACACUCUGCACUCUGUACCCCUUAAUGACAAAGUGAAGAAUUUUAGAAAUGACUGUGAAUUUAUUAAAAAGAUAAAACUGUA